AUGGCCAGCGGGGGGAAAUGGCGCGAGGAGCAGAUCCUCAUCAUCUGCCCCGGCAGCAGAACCACCAUGGCCCAGCUGGGCUGCGGCGAGCUGUCGCCUCCGGCUCAUCGCAUCCCCACGAGGAUGUUCAGGGACGACGAGGACCCAGAGCAGUGGCGGCCGUAUUACACGUACAAGCGCACCAGGGUCAUUGACGGCGUGGAGAACGAGGAGUGGGUGGAGGAUGUAGACGAAGACAAGGAUGCCGUAUGGCCAAUUGAGGGUGGUCGCAUCGUCCAGAUGGAUGCUUUUCUCGCCUUCCUCGACCACGUCCACGGCCUGCUCACCACGACAUACCACAACACCCCCAUCAUGCUCAUGGCAUCCCCCCAGUGGACGCGGCCCGACUGCGAGACCAUUGCGCGCUACAUCUUCGAGAAGACAAAGACGCCCGCGCUCUGCCUCAUCCACAGCGGCAUCGCCACCCAGUACGGGCUCAAGUGGCCCAACAUGACCGUCAUCGAUAUUGGCUACGAAAAGGUCGACGUCACGGCCAUCCACGACGGGCGUGUCAUCAACCACAUGGACCUGGGCAGCCCGCAACCCGACCGGCACAUCAGCGGAGGAGAGGUAUUUACGCGGAAACUACAGGAGCUUCUGAAGAGCAAAAACUUCAAUCACGACAUGGCGGAACAGCUGAAGAAGAGCGGCAUCUGCGAGGUGCUGCCUUACGCCCCCGCUCUGAAAGGCCUCGUGGAGCUUCCUGCCGAGUCUUCUUCCCAUCCAUCACAGUCCCAGUCGCGCCCAGCAGCAAGCGCAGCGGCAGAACAGGCUACUACGGCAGUAGAACCAACAGCUGCGGUUUCUACAGACGUACCACGGAUCAACGAGCCGUCCGACGUCGUCAUGGAGGAGAACGAAGGCGUCGAGACUAACGUUGAUGAUGAUGGCGUCCUGGAUGUCGCCAGCAUCGUCACCAGCGGCCAGACUAAGGAGUUCCUUGCCAAGAAGGAAAAGGAAAAGGAAAAGGGCAAGCCCGGGCGAAAGUCUAACAAGGAGAAGGAAGCCGAGGCGGCAGCCCAAGCAAGGCCCGUUCGACAGCCCAACUCCAAAAAGAUGCGCAACACGUUCUCAUACGAGGAGAUUGUCAUGGAGGAAGUCCACAAAGAGGUGCCGGCUCCCGUAUCUGUGCCUCCUAUCCAUAUGCAGGGCGUGGAGGGUAGCAAUGGUGGAGAGGCUCCCGCCUCAGAGCCCGCACCAGAGCCCGCACCAGAGCUCGCACCGCAAGGAACGGAGGCAGAUGCAGAUGCUAAACCCCCAGCUCCCGUAGGGACCGACGACGUACCUCCUUCAGAACCCCUUGUCAAGACCGAGGAAUCAAAAGUCAAUGGCGAUGGCAAUGGCAACGAAACUACUACGGACUCCAAGCCGGCCGAGGUUGUCAACGGGAACCAAACCAACGCCGACACUGACAACGCCGAGCCCCCUGAGCUCCGGCCCAGGCGAAUCCGCCGCGACAUCGAAAUCGGCCUGGAGCGCUUCCUCUUCGCCGACCGCGACGAGAUCGACCGCAUCGUCAGCACCAUCUACCGCACCAUCCAGGGCGUCGAGGACAUGUACAUGCGCCCGGCCUGCUGGGACAACCUCGUCUUCGUCGGCAACGGCUCGCGGCUGCGCGGCCUCAAGGACAACAUCCUGCAGACGCUCAGCGCGCGGCACCUCAUCUCGCCGUCCACGGCCACCAUGUUCACGUCGGAGCUGCCGUCCAACGUCGCCACGCCCGCCGGCACCGGCUCGCAGACGCCCAUCGGCUCCUUCAACGGAGCGCCGCACCAGCUGUCCAGCAGCGGCGUCAACCCGCUGCUUCAGGCCGCCACGACGGCCGCCACCUUUGGCGUCCCCGGCAGAGACACGAUCCAGGUCGCCACGGGAUCGACGCCCAUGGUCGGCUCCGAGGCCGCCGGUCCCGCCAGCGGCCACCACUUCCACAGCCAGACGCCCACCAGCAUCAAGACCAUCGCUCUGCCUACAUACCUGAGCGAGUGGAGCAAGAACGGCUUCGAGGAGGCCAUGUUCCUGGGCGCCCAGGUGGCUGCGAGAAUAGCCUUUUGUCUGCACUCCAACAUGGAUGCUCAGGCCAUCGAGGCACAAAAGUCAAUGAGCCUGAGCAGAGUCGACUACAACGAACACGGCCCCAAGGGCAUCCGAACACAUUCCAUGCUCAGCUAA